UUCUCUCCAAAAUCCCAGAGUGCAUGUAGCCAAAGGGCGCACAGAAUCUUAAUCUUUUCCCUCAGGGGUGACCUUUUAACUUUGUUCACAUUUUGAUCUCUUCAUAACUCCAUGGCUGCAGAGUCCAAUUCAAACCUUAGAAUCAUCAUUGAGAGAAACCCUUCUCAGUCACGCCUAGCUGAAUUGAACAUCAAGUGUUGGCCAAAAUGGGGUUGCUCUCCAGGGAAAUACCAGUUGAAAUUUGAUGCCAAAGAGACAUGCUAUUUGUUGAAAGGGAAGGUGAAGGCAUAUCCAAAAGGGUCAUCAGAAUUUGUAGAGUUUGGAGCUGGGGACCUUGUCACAGUCCCAAAAGGACUCAGUUGCACUUGGGAUGUGUCAGUUGCGGUGGAUAAGUACUACAAAUUUGAAUCAACAACUUGUUCUUCUUCAUCUUGUUAA